AUGGUUCUCUGGGGUCACAGCGAUGACCCAGACAGGUCCAACAGGUCCAACAGGUCCACAGAGUCACCCCAUCGUCAAGAUCGGGAAGAUCACAGCGCGCCACACAGAUAUGAAGAACCAACCGAGCGCUCAAGGCUGCUCCCUGGAAUUAACCAGGGAUAUUUGAGUCCAGAUGAUCCAGCUAUAUCGCCCUACAACCUCUGGAGCGUCCGCGCCUUGCGUGGCGUCAGCAUCAUCGCACUAGUACUGAGCUUCAUAUGGUGGAUAUUCCUCCUAGUCUCCAUCUUCGUCAGUCCGUCAAUGAUCCACCCACGCGGCUCAGGUUUCUUCGCCUUCGCAUACACAACCCUAGCAACAGGCUACCUCGUCCUGGGCCUACUAUUCUUCGCAGUCCCCUCCAAGCCCAUGACAAUCUCCGGCAUCAUCCUGGCCAUCCUCCUCCUAAUCGACAUGAUCAUCAUCCUCGCCGUACCGCGUCUCCGCCUCGAAGAAGGCUGGGUCGGCAUCGGCUCCGUCGUCUGGGUAACGCUAAUCUCCGUCUACCAAGUGACUCAGAACCGUGCCGUAACCUGGGGCAAGCGCGAGGAAGAAGAACGACUAACCGGCCGCGAAGAGACCCGUCGCUCACUACUGGAGUGGAUCGCCGUCUUCGCCGAAACGAUCCUCCUAGCCACCAUGGCAAUAGCAGCCCUCUUGUUCACCGCCACGCUCAUCCUGCGCUCUACAGAUGCAGGACUCGCAGCCCCCGGUGAGCGCUACCUAGUAAACGGCGACAGCUACCAAGUGCAUCUCGUCUGCGUUGGCGAAAAGACAACAACAGCCAACCAAACCGUCCCAACCAUCCUCCUCGAGGGCGGCGAGGGACCCGUCGAACAUACACUCCAGCCCUUCAUCGACGACAUGCGUCUCCGCGGUAGUAUCAAUCGCUACUGCUAUUGGGACCGACCGGGCUUCGGCUGGUCCGAUAACGCGCCCUCGCCCCAUUCCGCCGGAAUGUCCGCAGACGCACUCGCCGAAGCCCUAGCUUUAGCGGGCGAGACCGGUCCCUGGGUAGCCGUUUCAGCCGGCGUCGGCAGUCUCCAUUCCAGACUCUUUGCCAGUCGUCACCUCCUCGAGGUGCGGGGGAUCUUCAUGAUCGACCCGCUGCACGAGGCGUACCUGGGUGAUCUCGGACGCCCGGGUCGUGGCUUUAUGCUCUGGCUUCGGGGCGUUCUUUCGCCGUUGGGGUUGGAUAGACUUGCUGGUGCGAUUGUACGUGGUCGCACGCGCCAGGACCGUGUCGUUGGACAAUCGGCUUAUCAGUCUGGGAAAUUUAUCAAGGCUAAGCUGCAGGAGAGUCUCGUUGCGGGUACUAUGACUGCGGCGGAGAUGGAGUCGGCCAGACAUGUGCAGAUGGGUCAUGUUCCUGCUGUGGUUGUUAGUUCUGGGAGGAGAGUUAAGAGGGAUCGGAAGUGGGAGGAGAGACAGGAGGAUCUUUCCCAUUUUACGGAUAAUCUUUUGGCUUGGGAUGUUGCUGAUGAUGCACCUCAUGAGGUGUGGAUGACUGCACGGGGAAGGGAGUUGUUGGAGAGGCGUUUGAAGGAACUUGUGAGGAAAUGCCAGGAGGAUGUAGCAUCAGAUUGA